AGAGCCCUCGCUUCAAGAAUUUGGACAGUUCAUGGAACAGCUAGUGGAAAAGGCAAGUGAGGUGACCACCUACACUCCACCUAAGUCGAAUUUCCCUCGAAUGAUGAGGAAUCAGCAACGAUCACACAUCUUUGUGCAUUCAGAAGAAGCUAUCGCCACCAGCCCGGCAACUCCUGACUCAGAAGCCCACACGUCUAAAGCCAGAGAAGGUAAUAUCAACAGGAUGCCUAAAUGCUUGCUUUGCCAAAACCCAACUCAUCGAGUCAAAACCUGUGAAAGAUUCCAGCGCCUACCAGUAGAAGACCGCCUGCUGACUGUGAGGAGACUAAGACUGUGCUACAACUGCUUGGGAAACCAUGGCACUAAGCCAUGCAAAUCGAGAUCCUCGUGCGAAGUCUUAGGUUGCCGUGAACGACACCAUACACUGCUACAUAACCCAAACCUUGCGCGUGCUCCUAACCCUCCGACAACGUGCACAAUGGACCAGUGAGCAUAAAAACAUUGGCGUUCCUGGAUGAAGGAUCGUCACUCACACUGGUGGAAACCGUCUUAGCUGAACGCCUCGGUUUAAAAGGAAACCCGGACCCACUGGAACUACACUGGACUUCUAACGUGACUAGAAAGGAAACUGCAUCACAACGCGUCAGCAUGGAGAUAUCAGCAAUGGGGGAUGAGCGGCGCUAUUCAAUAGCGGCCGCUCACACUGUCAACAAGCUAAGUCUUCCUCUAUAUAACAAAAAAUGCAACACACUGAUAAGUACACUUAACUAUUUACAGGAUGUCCCGCUCCACACCUACGACGAUCCGAUGCCUCAACUGCUGAUCGGACUAGCUGAUGUAAAUCAUCUAAUCCAACCCCUGGAAACGCGUUCAGGACACCCCGGCGAACCUAUUGCUGUGCGCUGCGCGUUAGGUUGGGCUAUUUACGGACCGUACAAUACAACCACCGAAACGAAUCAGGGGAAUGCAUUCCUUAAUGUUCAUCACGGCGAAGCUACCAACGACGAUGCCGAUAGCGAAAAACCCUGCGACUACGAGUUGAACGAGACAAUGAGAAAAUACUUUGCCUUAGAAGAAAGUCCAGUAAGCUCAUUCAACAAAUUCCUGCCUGAACCAGAAGAUUUGCAAAGAGCUAAAGCGAUGCUAGAAGCUACCACAACAAAAAUCGACGGUCGAUAUACAACAGGCCUGUUGUGGAAAAACGAUAUAGUGGAUUUCCCAGACAGCAAACCGAUGGCUUUAGCUCGACUGCGUGCUCUCGAGAAAAAAGCGAAAUUCUAUCACUGUCUGACCCAAAAGAUUGGCGACAUGUCCCAAGCAAAGAAAAUCCUGCCGAUUGCCUCACUAAAUGGUGCAAAGACACAGAUAUCGAACAGCACGGCAGAUGGUUGA